AUGCCUACGUUUCACAAAAUCGUCACGAGCUUGGGGCAGCUGCCGGUCGAGCUGGCGCAUGAAAUCAUCAGUGAUCUGAUCGUCUACGAUGUCCUCAAGCUGCUCUGGCACGACGACCCCCGCGUCGUUGCGGCCGUGAGGUCGCAUCCCCAAUACCGGGUCAUGUUGGGAGAAGACGAUAAUACAUUCUUACAGACGAAAAAUCUCGUCACAUCCUGGCUCAGUUUGUACGCGCAGUCAGGCUUCUUCGCUCGAUCCAGUGGAGAGCUCUUUUGGUCUCGUGGAACCCGCUUCCGACCCAAUGGAGGUCCUCUAGCGGUCAACGCCCGGUCGAUGUCAUUUGAUGCCAUAGUUCAUUGGAGAGCCGAUGACAUGUUCAGAGAUUUGAAAAGCCCAAUGAAGGCGUUUCUGUUCCGGCAGCUCAUGACGACUCCACUGGAUCGCUAUGUCGACCGUUCGGUUUACCCAGAUGGCGUGCCUAAACCCCACGAGUGUCAAUCGGUGGAAGAGCUGGAGCGAUGUAUCGCGAUCAUUCAACAUGCGAAGAACAGAAUGUUCCAGCAAUCCUCCGACCAGCUUCAUUUUGCCGCGUCUUUGUUAGAGGAGAACCCGGAUAUCCUGAAGCGCACGUUGGACCCGGAGCAGAAACGAAGGGCGAACAUUGCACACGUUGUGUCUCGAAUGCGAGUGACAGCCGAUAAGAUCAAGAAUAGUGAUUACCAGGCUUUCACACCGAAUGAGCACUUUCGCUACGACUUCUUCCCCGUGAUUCCAUUUGAUGCGGCAUUGGCAGAACUGCUUCGCAAUCUGGAGAAACAUGGGCUCACCCCGAGCACGGAGAGCCGAAUGGCUGGCAACGACGAGCAAAGUCAAGAGACCUCGCACCCACCGUCCAUCAAGCACCAGGUCGACAUAGUGAUCGAAGGACUGCCCCAUUAUCUCACGGACUAUGCUACUUUUCCUACCAACAAGACGAGAACAGUCAGGCCACCAGUGACCAACGACAAGGGUGACGUAUUCCGAACGAAAAACACACCUUGGUCUGAGGGAGGCGACGAUCCAACCGAUACUCCGUAUUUCGCCGUUCAUAGAGUCGCGCCAUCUUUUGCAUUCAUGCGACAAACGGACACUCGUGCCCUCGAGCCUUGUGACGAAAAGGAAGAAAAGUGGCUGACAUCGUUUGUUGAUCUCUACCGAUACUCGGAGAAAUUGGAGAAGACCACGCCUACGGCGGCGGCUUGA